AUGUCCCGUGAUGAGACAGUUUGUAAAUAUUGUGGCGUCAGCUAUCUGAUCCUUCAUGAAUUUAAGCUUAUGGAAGAGAAAAUGAAAGCAAUGGAAGCAGAUAUGAAAUUUUAUCAAGGAAGUGUUGACCGUGAGAAGUCACUCCAAGAAAGGCUACGAUCUCUUGAGCAAGAUUUUCAAAAAUCCAAGACUAAUGGUGAAGCUCAAACAGAAAGAAUUAGAGAUUUAAGCACACAAUUAGAAAACCAACAAAAAAGAUUUCAGAGCGUGAAUGAAGAACUGAGACAUUUUCAAGAGGAGCUAAAAGUCGCACAGAGACGGUCACAACAGUACAGGAAGAAUUUGGAGCAGCAUCAUGCCAUCAACAGGAAGACUCUAAUAUUACUGAAGUUUUCUAGGAGAGAGCUAGCGAGCAUUAAAAAUGAAGUCACUUACACCCUCCAGAACUUGACUUACCUGAACGAGGAAAUUGUAUUCCAGAUCAAACACAUCAGUGAAAGAGCAGUUUUUACAGAAAUGACUAAGCUGAAUAAAACUUUAUCCUCAGUUCAGCGAGAUAAGGACCGCCUAGAGGAAGAAGUGAGAAGUCUGAAGUUAGUGUCAGAUGCGGCUUUGUUGAAAUCACAACAGAUUCAGGCGAUAGGCCAGCAAGGAGUAGGCUUGCUCAACCGAUGCCACGACCUUCAAAAGGAAGCAAUAGAAUUACAAAACCAAAUAGAGGCCCUUGGAUUGAAGUUUCAGAAAGCAAAAGAUGAAGCUGAACGGUACAAAGAGAUGCUCAUGGUUAAAUCAGAUGAAGCUGAGGAGUACCAGAGAAAAUUUCGAAAACUGAAGUUUGAAAGCAACAUUUCGGAAACACGACAUGCUAGAGAGCUAAAAGAGAAGGAAGACUCUUUGCUGGCUUGUCAACAAAUGUGCAAACAUUUACAGGAAGAAGUGGCUGCGAAAGAAAGGAAAGAAGAAAACUUGAAGAGAAAAAUCAGCCUCUCAGAGAAUGAACUGGAUAUGAUAAAAGUUCUUCUGAAUCAGGCUCAGGAAGAGAUUGUGAACCUGAAAAAUGAAAGGGAGUUAAUGGUGAUUUCACAUAAGAAUAGAAUUGAGCAGCUGCAGGAAAACUUCAGACAGAAGAUGCUGAGUGAGGAGAACUGGAGGGAGAAGCUUGAAUCUGAACUUAAUAAAGAGCGACUCCAACACGCGGCAAAGUGCCAGGAGCUAGCUCUUCGGAUAAAGGAAGAAGCCAAACUGGAACUUGCCAUUGAAAAGGAAAAACACCAAGAAAUAAUAAAACAGUAUCAGAGAGAACAAGAGAAGCUUCAGAAGAAGAUAAACGACUUAAUAGACGAUGCUACCCAUGAUCUGAGGAGGGAAGUGGCCCUUCUAGAGAAGAAGCUCCAGGAGACCCAGAUGCAGUUUUCUGAAAAAAUGACAGUGAAAGAAGCAGAAAUCCAAGGCCUUAAAGCUUUGGUGAUGGAUUUUGAAUCCCGCCUGAGGAAGGAGAUGAACAAUAAUGACUCCAUUUCAGAGGAUUUGAGGAAGGAGAUAAAACAGAAAUCAGAUGAAUUAGACAAAAUCACCCAGGAGCAUACCCAGCUCGUGCAGCAGUUUAAUCAGGCCCAGGAAGAGAACACUUUUCUUCAGGAAACAGUGCGGAGGGAGUGUGAAGAACGCUUCGAACUGACUGAAGCUCUUUGCCAGGCUAGAGAACAACUCCUGGAACUCAAGAAGCUCGAUGGGAAUUUCCCAUUAUCCCGGAGUUCUCUCAGUCAGGGCAACCUAACCUCCUCGGCUCUGGUGGUCAAUAAUGGAGAGAAAAGUGUCGCGAGCACAGCCCCGGGAAAAGGAGCCAGAAUCCCCAUCCUGCAUUACAUCCCCAAGUCGCCUCAUUCCUCCUACUCGAAUCAGUCCCCAGGUGGUAGCAAUGGGCUCUUGCCCAUCCCCAAACCUCCCAAGGGAAAGGCAUCUUCGGUAAACGAGACACGGCACAGGAUAGCCGGGGUUCUGAAGGGUAGGUUGAGUCGGCACCGACCUGGCUGGGAUUAG